AUCCCGCGGAGCAGGGAGGUGGGGCAGAGCUUCCUGUCCAGCGUCCCAACCACGCUCAAGGCGCUGUGGGCGGCAGUGGCGGUGGUACUGGACCACCAGCCAGACCUUGUACUGAUGAACGGGCCAGGCACCUGCAUCCCGAUCGCAGCAGCAGCCUGGCUGUUCAGGCUGCUGGGCGUCUGCGGCGGCAAGGUGGUGUACGUGGAAAGCAUCGCCCGUGUGUACCGCCUGUCCCUGUCAGGCAAGAUCCUGUACCACGCCCGCCUCGCCCACACCUUCUUCGUCCAGUGGGAAGAGCUGCUGCAGCGGUACCCGCGGGCGACCUAUGCCGGCAGGCUCAUGUGA